AUGGAAGUAGAUAAAGGAGAUAAUUUGAAAGAAAAUGAAGAAUAUUCUGAAAAUUUUGAUAAGAUACGUUUAUUAAUAAAGCGAACACAUGAACUUUUUUCCUCUGAAUACUAUUUUUGUUUAGAUAUAGAUAAUGAAUCAAGUAAAAAAGUUAAAAUUAAUUAUAAAAUAAAAAAUGAAUAUAAAAAUGCACAAGAACUACCACAAGCUAUUACCAAUAAAUAUAAAAAUGAAUUAUUAAAGAAAGAUUUAGAGAAAGAAUCUAUAGAAGAAGAUAAAGAUGAAAGCGGUUCAAAUAAAUUAAUUGAAAAAAUUAUAUCAGAAACUCUUCCAAAUGAUGAUAAAAAUUUAGUUUUAUUAACACGUCCACUUAAAUCAGAACUAUCAAAACAUUCAAGUCAUGUAGCAAAAAAUACAUAUAAUAACACAUCUUCAGGAGCUGUUCGGCGCAAAAAUGUUAAGCCUAUUAAACCAGAAUGGCAUGCUCCAUGGAAAUUAAUGAGGGUUAUUAGUGGGCAUUUUGGAUGGGUAAGAGCAGUAGCAGUGGAACCAGGAAAUCAAUGGUUUGUUACGGGUGCAGGUGAUCGUGUCAUAAAAAUUUGGGAUCUUGCGUCUGGAACUCUUAAGCUAUCAUUAACAGGUCAUAUUUCAACGGUUAGAGGUCUUGCUGUAUCAUCUAGACAUCCAUAUCUUUUUUCAUGUGCUGAAGAUAAAAUGAUUAAAUGUUGGGAUUUAGAAACAAAUAAAGUAAUUAGGCAUUAUCAUGGAUCUCUUAGUGGAGUUUAUUGUUUAUCUUUGCAUCCUACAUUAGACGUUCUAUGUACAGGAGGAAGAGAUUCUGUUGUAAGAGUUUGGGAUAUGCGUACUCGAAAUAAUGUCCAUGUACUUUCUGGACAUAAUCAGACUGUUGCAGAUGUAAAAUGCCAGAACGUAGAUCCACAAGUUAUUUCUGGUUCUAUGGAUUCAACAAUUCGUCUUUGGGAUUUAGCAGCUGGGAAAACUAUGACUGUACUAACAAAUCAUAAGAAAGGUGUAAGAGCACUUGUUCUCCAUGAAAAAGAAUUUAGUUUUGCCAGCGGAAGUGCAGAUAAUAUUAAACAAUGGAAGUUUCCUGAAGGUUUAUUUAUGCAAAAUUUUGAACAACAUAAUGCCAUUAUAAAUACUUUAUCUUUAAAUAGUGAUGAUAUCAUGUUUUCUGGCGCUGACAAUGGAUCUAUGUCGUUUUAUGAUUGGAAAUCUGGGUAUAAAUACCAAACAUUAAAUACUAUUGUUCAACCAGGAUCAUUAGAAAGUGAAGCAGGGAUCUUCGCAAGUACUUUUGACAGAACAGGGCUUCGUCUUAUUACUUGUGAAGCAGAUAAAACAAUCAAAGUUUAUAAACAAGAUGAAACUGCAACAGAAACAACCCAUCCCCUUGAUUGGAAACCAACUCUUUCAAGAAAAAGAUACUGA